GGUGCCGUGCCGUGCGUAUGCCAUUGAUGCAACUUCAGAAAAGUGGCCGUUCUCUUUUGUUGGAGCAUUAAAUCUUGUCCUCUGACCUCACAUAACCAGCCGUUUUCUCUGUGAUUGUGCCAGGGACUAAAUCAACAAGAUGUCGGGGUCAAUUUAUAACUACAGUGACUCUGAUUAUGAAAUGGUUGAUCCGCUAAAGGAGUCCUGGAAUCGGACCCCGGAGAGCGGAAAUUCCAGCACAGUCGAGCCGGAGCCAACGCGACGAGCUCCCGUAGCAAGCCCAAGGAAGCCGCCUCGUCCUGCGAGUAUGGCAGGGGUAGCACCACGGAACCACAAUGGAGAAAAGAGUACAGAUUCUUCAAUACAGAUGGAGGAUAUUCAUGUCACAGAGCCACGAUACUCAGAGGUCCCUGAAUACGAACCGGAUUUUGUCCAACCCAAAGUUCAACCUACAAUAAAAACCAACCCCAGCAUGUUCAAGCCUGUUGAGUCCAGCUCCAUCGAACCAAAGGUCCAUUCCACAACUGAAACUAGUCCCAACAGGUACAGCUCUGAACCACCUCAAAAUAGAAGCACCCAGUCUCAGUCCCCUGCAAAGAAUUCUGUGCGAACAGAACCACUCAGCAAAGAGGAACGGAAGAAAGCAGUGUUGGCUAAUAAAAUCAAAGCAGCUGUUGAACCUAAUGAUGAAAAUGACGAUUAUGAAAAUUCAUUUAUGCAGCGACACCGUCGUCCCAUAAUGCUUGUUGUUUUUCUACUGCUUGUUGCAUUGGCCAUAGCACUUGGAAUCGGUGCCAGAAAUGCCUCCAUGGUUAGCUUCUCCGGAGCUUUCUCUAAGAACAAAGGCAAGCAGUGUGUGCACAUGUGUAGGAACAUGGACAGAUAUCCUACUUCCCCAUUGGUUGUGAUCGCUCUGAAUGGGUUUCAAAGUAACUUCUUCCAGUACCAGUCACUAGUCAGCAAUAUUGCACGCCUUGCUGAAUGUGGCGUCCAUGGCAACACAAUUUCAUCAUAUCCAUCAACAGCUAUACCUGAUUUGUAUUCCAUUGUUACUGGUAUUUACCCAGCAUAUCAUGGGAAAGCUGCUGAUUGGCUCAGAGUUUAUGGCUUAAACGAGACGGAAUUUGGUCCUGCUGAACGUCCCAAUACCUACAGCAGGAUAGAUCCAAAAUGGUUCCAGCAAAAUGGGCUUUGGGGAAUUGCUGCAGACCAAGGCCAUCUGACUGCUAGUCAUUCAUGGAUUGGACGAGAAGGCAACAUUGACGAAGACCAACCCCCUUCACCAUCAUAUUAUCAGACAUAUGACAGUGGAAUCAGCUACCGGGACCGGAUUCAGACAGUAGUCAACUGGUUGCACCUAAACCCAUCAGAAAGGCCAGAUUUUAUUACAGUCUACUUUGAAGAUCCUGGAGUAACAGUUCAGAAGUACGGCAUAGAAUCUGAUCAGACCAUGGAUAGCCUAGCUAAAGUGGACAGUGCAAUAGGCAUCCUUCUGGACUCCCUGUUUGAGGAGAUGGAUCUUGGCUGUAUUAAUGUCAUGGUUGUAUCAACAGGUGGAUUUGCUGACAGAAACUGUGAUAGGACCUACUAUCUUAUUGAUGACUUGCCCAAUGUUGGUGAUUUCAGUUUGCUUCCUGAUUCUGUUACGUCUGUGGGUAAGAUAACUGCAACUGACAGAGCUCCACUAGAAAUGGACACUGCAGAGGAAAUUAUGGAACAUUUACAGUGUAAAGUCAACCAUGGGCAGGUGUUUACUAAGAGACUGCUACCUGUUCAGCUGCAUGCCUCCUACGGUCUUCAAUAUGAAGAUGCAGUUGUACUGAUGGAAGAAGGAUGGACAUUUUCAAAACAACAAGAAGGUUACGAUCGUACGAACUGCAAAGGUGCCUCUGAUGGGUUCAACCCAUACAGCUCCAACAUGCAGGGGAUGUUUGUUGGUUUUGGAAAGGGCUUUAAGACAGCCAAGACAGUCCCAGCAGUCAGAAAUGUGGAUCUUUUUAACCUCAUGGCAGAACUCGUCAAUGUGACUCCAGGAGAGAACAAUGGUACAGCAGGCAUUUUCAGCAAUGUCCUGACAUCUCCUAAGAUGCAAGACACAGUUGCCGUGGAGUUCUCAUCCCCAAGAAAUGCAGAAUGCAGUUACCCAGGGAAUGACAAUGAGUAUGAUCAAAGACAGCUCGACUCUGAUACAGGUUGUGUUUGCACCCAAGCAGUCCUAAAUUCUUACCCAGAAACCCGAGAAGUCACACUGAAGGAUAUAAAUAACAACCUCAGACAAACAAAUGUGCCAGCUUCCAGGCAAAGAAAUGCUCCCUUUGGUUUCCCAAGGAUCUCCAGGAAUGUCGGUUCUACAGGCCAAGAUUACUGUGAGCUGUAUCAGUCAAACUUCAUCACAGUCUACGAAAACAAACUCAAAAUUCCACUCUUUGCUACCUUUACUGUACAAAGAAAUUCUGGCACAACAACACUGAUAGGAAACUGCCUGCGAUAUGACGUUAGACUACAACCGGAUAAAUCACCGAAAUGUUCAAACUAUGACAGUAAUAGCAAUCCACAACUGCCCAUCAACAUAGUGCAGGGAUUAUUGUAUGAUCCAUCUUUGGCAGAUUCAGUGAAUGAUGAAUUGAAUGCAUUAACGUCAGCCAACAUCAUACCUCAGUAUGCUGCUUUCCAACAAAAUGUGUGGUUGCCAUUGGCUGCUAGAAUUCGUCAAUGGGCCAAUCAGAGCAAUCGAUCACUUGAGAUGAAUGUUGUGGUUGGUCCAGUGUAUGAUUGGAACUCUGAUACUUUACAGGAUACUUACAAACAGCUUGCAGCAAGCCAAGCCUGGGUUGUCGACACUCCAGUCCCAUCCCAUUACUUCAUAGUUGCUUCAAGAUGUAAGGAAGACAUCAGUUUAACAAUGUGCUCCUUACAUUCACUUGAAGUGGUGUCCUUCGUUCUGCCCAAUACUGACACCAUCAGAAUCUGCAAGACAUUUGAUGACUACCUUUGGACCCACAUGACAUCACUUCAAGACCUAGAACUGAUCACAGGACUACAACUGUUCCCUGACAUGAGUGCUGAUGAAGAACUGAAAAUUGAAUUCCUUCAAUUCAAAACAAAGAUGCCAACAACGUCACCGUGGAUGGCGUAACCUCAGGUUGGAGACAACUUUUGCCAAUGUUUAAAACCAAAAAUACAAACUUUACAUAAACCAGGAAGUUGACAAAGUCCUUUGAUAGGUGCAGCAUUCAAGAUAUUCCAUCUUCAUAUCACAUUCCUCUUGUUUGUCUCUGUGCAAGCAGAAAAAUUACAGUUCACUGUCUGAAGACCAAAAUAUGUUAGGUUAAGUUUCCAAACAUUUGAACAUUUACACUGAAUGAAUCCUUUCAAAUCUUCAGAGGAACCUUAGUGGAUUCACGCCUCAGGCUGAGUUUGGGGCAGGAUUGAGGAAAAAUUAGAGUUGAAAAUGAAUUUUAGUACAUGUAUUUAACAAUUGUCUAAUGAUAGCUAUAUGCAUCCAUGCAUAAUUUUCUAACAUUGCUUCGUGAAAUCAAACCCGUGUGUAUUCAAGAACAGAAGAUGCAAAACAAUGCACAACAAAAUACAAAGGAUGACUUUGAGAUGUCUGUGCCAGUCAAAAUAAUGCUUGGAAUUUGGAAGAUAAAUUACAGAAGGUAUCAGCUUGAUGACUUCAUGCCAUGACAUUUUUGUACAAUUGCAGGAUCAGCUUGAUGACUUCAUGCCAUGACAUUUUUGUACAGUUGCAUGAUCAGCUUGAAGACUUCAUGCCAUGACACUUUUGUACAGUUGCAUGAUCAGCUUGAAGACUUCAUGCCAUGACAUUUUUGUACAAUUGCAUGAUCAGCUUGAUGACUUCAUGCCAUGACAUUUUUGUACAAUUGCAUGUUCAUGCUGUCAAGUGUAUUCUCGUUAUGAAAAGCCACAAAUGAAGAAUUCUUUGUUCAACUCAAUAAAUAUGUAAAAUUGAAAAAAUGUAAAAUAUGUGCCAAUUAUGCAUUAAUACUUCAAAACUGUGGUUUUGUGCAGAACAAGGGUGAAUCUUGCAAAAGACGCACAUUCAUAUUUACUGGAAAACUGUUUGAGUUUUUUCUUUCUUGUUUACUUUUCAGAAUCAUUUUGAUGAAAUUAACCAAAUAGUGGCUGUAUUCACACUUUUCAAAGGAGACUGAAUGAAUUUUCACAAGGCAUUCUUCUUUAAAUUGUAAUUUGUCGUAAAUGUAACAUUUACAAGCACAGAAAUUAUAGUUGCACCAAGAUAGUAUCUGUGAAAUAUUUGACCGGUUUUUCAUGGAUAAAUAGAAUUAAUAGCUGACUUAAAGCUUGUAGUUUGCAGUGGUUUGACUUAAUUCAUUUUAUUGCUUGAGUGUAUUUCAAAUCUUUAAUCAGAUGUUGUAAAAUCCUUUUAGUUUUAACCUGAAAGAUUAUCAGUUUGGGUUAAAAAUGCAGGAACAUUGUUCCUGGACUUUCUGACCUUUUUUUCUUUAAAAAACUAGCUUAGUUUACAGCUUAUACAAAUACAUGGGUAGGCUGCUUUCUAAGGGUCAUGGAAUCAAAGCACAAAAUGACCCAAAAAUUCAAGGAACAGUGUUUGUAUUUUGCAUCAGGGCUCAAUAAAAAUUUAUUCUAUUUUUUCAAGGAUUUCAGUGCUCAGUACUAAACUGAGUCAGUACUCACUGUUCAGGGUGGAUUUAGGGGUUGUCCUUAUUUCACUUCAUCCAAGAAGGAUUUUAAAAUAAUUUUCAGAUUUGGUUUAUAACAUUUGCACAAAUUAUGAUUCAAUUCACUUUCAUGCUAUACAUGUUAUUUACAUGUACCAUAUCGAACUCGAAAUUUGUAUACUUGGCAGGGAAACAUUUUUACAAUAGAUUUUUAGAAUGCACAGAAUUUUUCUCUUGACAUAAGAUUACACAUUGGUAUUCAAAUGUUAUACAUGCAUUGUGUAUGCAGGUUUUCCUCAUUUUGUUCAUGUGAUUGAUUGAAUUUUCAAUUCAGUUUUGAUAUUUUCUUUUAUACUGGCUGCUAAAUGUCAAAAGCUUUUCAUACAGUCUAGACUGCUUGUAAAUAUUUGAAAACAAAACUUUAUUUUAGAAUGAGAGAUGAGUAAGCUGUAUAUAUUGGUUGAAUCCUAAAACGUCAAAGAUGUGAUGAAUGUAGGUAUAUUGUUACAUUAGAAAAAAAAUUAAUGCCUUCAAAGAACAAGUUGCAUCAUCUUUUUUUCUUUUAAGAUAUUUUUCAAGAUGUUAAUAAAAAUGCACAGUACUAUUUUACUCACAGUU